AUGAAGGAUGGACAGUACAAUGCAUCAUUUUGGGGACAGAUUUGUGCCACCAAGCAUCUUUUUUUAAACGGGAAUCGCCUUAUUUCUUGUUUUGCUAUCCGAGGUUUGCAAGUUUACAGGUACACCCAUAAUAGACGGCCUGGCUUCCCUAGCGUGAGUCAAAUUCCAACGGCUGAGCCAGGCGAUCUAGCAACACCAUCAACAGUCAUCCAGCCCACUUCAACAGUGGUAGUAUUCCAGGGUGCUGAUUUUAGUUGUCUACGAGUUCUGUGGAAAUUUGAUCUAGAAGUCAAUCCAAUCAACUAA